GUUUGCUUGUGUGCAUUUGUGUGUAUAAGUGUGUGUAUAUAAGUGUGUCUGCGUCGUUUAAAAUUUGAUUGGUCGUUUGUGUGUUUGCUUGUGUGCAUUUGUGUGUGUGUGUAUGUGUGUAUGCAUGCAUCCUCGUGUGCUGUGUGUUUUGCGGUGCUGUUGUGCGUGCACGCUUCCCGGCCCCUUGUAUUUCCUAUCACUGCUAUUGAGGUGCCUUUGAUUUCCUUCCCUGCUCUGUUCAUCUGGUUUACUGCGUUGCUCCACGCAGCACUGCUUCAAAACCUUCAACCUGCCAUCCUCCAAGCGUUGCUGGCACGCAUGUCCUUUGCUUCUGCCCUGCCAUGUGCCUGCAGUCAUAUCACUGCGUUCCCUUUUGUUUUGUGUGCAUUUUGGUUCUUUAUAUUCAUUCUUACGCGAUGCAUCUUGUAAUCUAUUAGCCUGCCCGCCUGCCGACCUGUGCUCACGUGCGGUUGUGUGUGAAUGAUGGUGUCGGCACGACGCUCAACAACAAAACCCAAAACCCGAAAGCAAGGCACAGCACAACAAGGAUGUGUG